AUGACGAUUCCUUUCACUCCCCCACGCCUCCCCUUCCUCCUCCCCCUUCUCCUCGCCUUCCUGCUUCAUUCCGCCCUCCUCUCCCAACACCUCGCGUCGGCCACUCUCGGCAUCCGCCGUCGCCCAACAUUUGGCGACGCGAUUGUCGCAAUUAGAUCGCAUAGGCGACGGUUAGCGGGCCCUGCGACGGUGUCGCACGUUCCGUUCCAUCGGCGGCUUAUGAGGCUCGCGCCGCGCGCCGCGUCCUUCAAGGACGAUGCGUGUUCCCCGCUCACCGCCUCCUGCUCCCCGCCUCCUGCUCCCCGCCUCCUACUCCCCGCCUCCCGCUCCCCGCCUCCCGCUCCCCGCCUCCCGCUCCCCGCCUCCCGCUCCCCCGUCAUGCUUUCAAGGAUGAAACCUUUUACCGCCAUUCCGGCAAAUUGUCGCUGUAAUAGUGACUCUCAUCGUUCCCCCACGCUAAUUCCCCUCAAUUCCGCUCUUUUCCCCCUUCGCUCACCCUCCUCCUCUCCCCGCUCCGCCCUUCCCGUCCGCCUGUCCGCGCCCGCGCGGGCCGCCACAGCCGUUGUGGCGUGCGCGAACGUGUCGUGCCCGCAAGGCGCGGCAUGCUCAGUGGACAGCAAAUACUUCCCCUUCUGCAAGUGCGACGGGACCCUCGCGCUCAUCAACGGCUCGUGUGUGCCAGGUGAGAUCAACGGCUCGUGUGUGCCAGGUGAGGUCAACGGCUCAUGUGUGCCAGGUGAGGUCAACGGCUCAUGUGUGCCAGGUGAGGUCAACGGCUCAUGUGUGCCAGCGGUGGAGGGGCAGGUGGUGGUGACGAGCGUGCUGCUAUUCGCCACCGCCAAGUACGCCCCCGUGCCGCCCGCCGUGCUGCGCGGCGCCAUCCCCAACCGCACGUGCGUGAACCUGCCCGCGCCGCGCGCAGGCAACAUCGGGUCGCUGCGCAUCCUGUGGAGCGUGAAGGACGGCAGCAGCGGCGCGAGCCGCGUGAUGUGCGGGAAGGUGGUGUUCUGGAACCAGAGCGACUGUAGCGGGUUGUCGUCGGCCUUUGAGGUGCCGGGCGGGUGGAAAAAGGCGGAUGCGGCAAAAACCACUUACGCCGCCACCAGCAAGGUGGCUGCGGGUGAUUGCAACAUUGUCAUGUGCUCCUGUCCAGAGGUGGACAUGUGUACGAUCGUCACCUGCCCUGCCAACUGCAACUGCUCCUCUUCCGCUGGCAUUGCCAGGUGCUCCUGCCCAGACCCAUGCUACGGUGUCAAGUGUCCGGACGUGUCCACGUGUGUGGUGCAGGUCGGUACAGCGGUGUGCCAAUGUCCUGCGCCCUACGCGCGGCUGAUCGACGGAAAGUGCUCCUCGGCCGACCUCCCCCACUCCGACUACCUCGAUGUUCACAACACCGCCCGCGCUGCCGUGGGGGCCGUGCCACUCGUGUGGGAUGAUGCAUUGGCGGUGAGGGCGCAGGCAUGGGCAACAGCGCUCACCAACACCUCCUACAACUGUGCUUUAGUGCACGGCGGCCAUGACGGCGAGGGGCAGAACCUCGCAGGAGAAAGCCCCGCGGGGCAGCUCACGAACGGAGCAGCGGCGCAGCUGUGGGUGGACGAGGGGCAGUGGUACAACGUGGCUGUUUUCCCUGAUGGCUGUGCGGGCGGCCAGUGGGAAAAGUGUGGGCACUACACGCAGGUCAUUUGGAACAACACGCGCACCGUGGGGUGCGGCAAGGCGUCGUGUGGCACGAGUGGGGACGUGUGGGCGUGCCACUAUUACCCGCCGGGCAACUACGGCGGUCAACUACCUUAUAUGCAAGAGCCGUGUUUCAGAGUGCAGUGUCCCUCCACCGCCACGUGCUCACCAGUGGACGGCAACCCUGUGUGCGUGUGUGGAGCUGGUCAGGUGCUCGUCAACAACUCACAGUGCCUAUCAGACCCGUGCAUGGAAGGCAGCUGUCCAGCGGGCGACCUGGUGUGUGACGGCACCACCGGCACGGCACAGUGCGUCUGCCCCAAGGGGUUGUUGCUCGUUGCCCCCAACACGUGUCUCGCCCUCCUCACCCGUCCACGCCCUUCCUCACCCCUCCUCACCCCUCCUCACCCCUCUGCACCGCCAUCAUGUGUGGGGGUCGAGUGUCCCUCAACAUCUCGCUGCAAGGCCACCAGCGACGGCAUCCCCUUCUGUGCCUGCCCCGCCUCCUACUCCCUCGUCAGCGGCACCUGCACUCAAGCUGCCCCCGCCACAGUGACAACGAGCCUCGUGCUCUUCAACGCGCCCAACUUCACCAACUCACCCGCCUCCCUCGCCCCCACCGUCUUCCGAGCGGCCAUGCCCGACUCGUCGGGCGCUGACGGCUGCGUCAACGUCCCCGCACCCUUCGCAGGGGCCGUGGGGUCGAUCAAAAUUCUCUGGGACGCGCCUGACGGGGCGGGGGGGGUGCGGCAGGUGUGCGGCACCAUGUGGCUGUGGAACGGCCCUGACUGCUCUGGCGGGGCCACUGGCUGGGGGAAACCCGACAGCGGCGUCACGUCCUCUGCGACCACGAGUGGUGACCGUCACCCUCAUCGUCGCCCUCGCGAUCCCCCCCAGUCACCCUUCAAAUUGCAAUCCUGUCCUCCGGUUUUCUCUGCCCUCCCGUCGCCCCCCCGUCGCCCUCGCGUCGCCUUCCUUGACGUCCUGCCGUCACCGUCCCGUCGCCCUCUCGCCGUCCGCCCUGACGCCCGUCCCGUCGCCCUCUCUUCCCGUCGCCCUUGCGCUCUUCCCUCCCUUCCCGUCGCCCUUGCUCUCUCCCCUCUCUUCCCGUCGCCCUUGCGCUCUCCCCUCCCUUCCCGUCGCCCUUGCUCUCUCCCCUCCCUUCCCGUCGCCCUUGCUCUCUCCCCUCUCUUCCCGUCGCCCUUGCUCUCUCCCCUCCCUUCCCGUCGCCCUUGCUCUCUCCCCUCUCUUCCCGUUGCCCUUGCUCUCUCCCCUCCCUUCCCGUCGCCCUUGCUCUCUCCCCUCUCUUCCCGUCGCCCUUGCUCUCUCCCCUCCCUUCCCGUCGCCCUUGCUCUCUCCUCUCUCUUCCCGUCGCCCUUGCUCUCUCCCCUCCCUUCCCGUCACCCCUGCUCUCUCCCCUCCCUUCACGCCGCCCCUUCACCUUCGCGCUUGCACCGAAACGUCCUCUCGUCACCCAGCUAA